AUGGCUGGAAAGAUGAGUGGAAGCUCAUCAAAUGAUGAUGGCUAUAUUAAGGAACAAGAAAGGUUGCUUCCCAUAGCCAACGUUGGUAGAAUCAUGAAACAAAUCCUCCCAGCUAAUGCGAAAAUCUCAAAAGAAGCUAAGGAAACCAUGCAGGAGUGUGUCUCGGAGUUCAUAAGCUUUGUGACAAGCGAAGCUUCCGAUAAGUGCAAGAAGGAGAGGAGGAAGACGGUUAAUGGCGAUGAUAUUUGUUGGGCUCUUGGAGCACUCGGUUUUGAUGAUUAUUGGGGUCCGAUAAAUAGCAUUUGUAGGCCAGAAGAAAACACCAAGAAACCCGCGGUUCUACAGAGUGAUUUGAGCAGAGGGGUUAAAGCUGUGGAAUUGAUGGACGAUCCUCUUAGCGCUUUGCCAGAUCAUGUUCUGAGCAAGAUCAUUCGUAAGCUGGACCUGAAAGAAGCAGUGAGGACGAGCAUUUUAUCGAAAAGAUGGAGAUAUAUUUGGACUCACUAUCGUGAACUUGAGUUUAACCAUGUUAAUAUACUUGGAAUGAAUUCUAGGCUUGAGAGGAAUGAAUGGGUAGGUUUAGACACUGAUUUUGUGAAAUGGGUGGACAAGAUUAUGGAACAGAGGUUCGAAGGAGAUAUAAGAAAGGUUAACUCUUUUUACAUUAAGUUUCCGUUGGGAGCUAGCUUUUCUUCAUCAAUAAAUAGUUGGAUCGAUUUUGUUGUUGCAAACAAUGUUGAGACCAUUGAUCUUGAUUUAUCCUCUUGUCUACCAUUAGAAAGACACACCUUCUCAUUGCUUAGGGCCGUCUCCAAUAAUGAGAUAGGGACACUGAAGUAUCUGCGACUCACCCAUUGCAAUUUUCAGGGUCGGUCAAGUUGCCCAAAGUUUGGUUCACUCAUUUCUAUUCGGCUUGAAUCUGUAACCAUAAGCAAUCUUCAACUGGACAGGGUUCUAGAAAGUUGCCCAUUACUUGAAGAAUUAUCUCUGGAUAGAUGUAUUAAUCUAACCAAACUGAAAAUUGGCUAUUCAGAGAACAACAACAACUGUACUCUUUUGAAGUAUUUGUCCUUGAUCAACUGUUUGAAUCUUUUGGAGAUUGAUGUGAUCCGUGCCCAAAAUCUCACUUAUCUUGAGCUUGAAGAUCUAAGGAUAGACAGUCUGCAAUUGGAGAUGUUGAUAAAACGUUGCCCUUUACUUGAAGAAUUAUCUCUGCAUAGAUGUAAUAAUCUCACAGAACUGAGAAUUGGCGAUUCAGAGAACAACAAUUGUACUCUUUUGAAGCAUUUGUCCUUGAUUAACUGUUGGCAAGUUAGGGAGAUUGAUUUGAUCCGUGCCCAAUAUCUCACUUCUCUUGAACUUGAAGAUGUAACGAUAAACAGUCUGCAAUUGGAGAUGAUUAUAAAACAUUGCCCGUUACUCGAAGAAUUAUGUUUGAAUAGAUGUCCUCAAGUCAAAUAUCUGAGAAUUCUCGAAUCAAACAACAGUCCUCUGAAGUUUUUGUACAUGAUGAACUGCUGGGAACUUUUGGAGCUUCAACUUUGUGCCAACCUUCUCCAUACACUUGAAUGCAAUGUUAUGAUAGAUUGGUUCCCGGUUAUGAAAACCCCGAACCUGGUUAAUGUUUUUAUUGGCGAACUUAUAGAUUUCCACCAUCCUCUUACUAAAAUAACUCAUGACAUUCCUUCGCUCGAGAAUCUAAUCAUAGGGUCUUAUCAUAGUUUAAAUUAUUUUUUUGCAAAUGAUGAACUUGUCCCUGCAUUGUCUUUGAGGCGAUUGGUUUUAAGUGUUAAUCUGUGCUUUAACGAUGGAGAUGAAAUUUUAUACGUCAGUUAUAUCUUGAAGGCAUUCCCCUUAUUGGAAACAUUGGAGUUAAAUUUCAAUAGCAUAUCCAAGUUUGAUAUUAAUGAAGAGAAGAUGACUGUUGACAAAUGCCCUAAUGGAACCAUAACCAAGGUUGAAAUUAAUGGGUUCAAUGGAAACCAGAGGGUUGUUAAUGUGCUUAUGUAUCUAUUAGAGAAUCUAACCGGGCUUAGAGAAUUGGUCAUUAGUCCAUUCUGGAAAAGAUACAGAAGCUUAGUUUGUUGGUCUAAUGAAGAAGCGACGACGGGAUCUUGGUUUCAAUGCAAUUAUGAAUGGCUUCGCACAAUUGUUCCUCUAAAUGUCGAUCUAACGUAUUCGGAAGACAUGGAUUCAGAUUCAGAUUUACUUUGA